AUGAGCGACUAUCCGCUCGAGGCGACGAGCACCGGCAAGCCGUCGAUCCUCCACGAUGAGACCAAGCAGCCCGCCGUGGCUACGGUUCGCGACAAUGCGCGCGCGGGCGCCGUCGAGACGGAUCCGCACAAGGACCUGACGCUGUGGAAGUCGGUCAAGAAGUGGCCCAAGGUCGUGCUGUACUGCGUCGGCCUGACGUUUGCCAUUCUCAUGUACGGCUACGACUACGCCAUUGUCGGCACGACGUCGGCCAUGCCCAGUUUCCAGCGAGACUUUGGAGAGCAGCUCCCCAACGGCAAGUGGAUUCUGCCGUCGCUCUGGCUUGGGCUCUGGACCUUUGCCAGCCCCGGCGCGUCCAUCAUCGGGGCCGUGGCCGGCGGCUGGUUCCAGGACUGGUGCGGACGACGGGCCUCGCUCGCCGUGGGGUCCUUCCUCUGCGCCAUCGGCGUCGCCAUCUCCUUCGUGUCCAACCUGCCCUCCGACAUCAACGACCGCCGCGGCGUCUUCCUCGCCGGCAAGGGCUUCCAGGGCGGCGCCAUCGGCAUGGUCAUGACCACGACGCAGACGUACAUUUCCGAGAUUGCGCCCCCGAACCUGCGCGGGCCGAUGCUCGCCUUCUUCCCCAUCUUCACCCUCCUCGGCCAGCUCAUCGGCGCCGCCGUCAUCUUCGGCUGUCUCAACCUGCCCAACGGGUAUACCAUCUGUUUCGCGACGCAAUGGGGCUUCUCCGGCGUGCCCCUUCUACUCUCGUACGCCAUCCCCGAGAGCCCAACCUACCUGAUCCGCAAGGGCUUCCUCGAAAAGGCGCGCCGUGCACAGCGACGCCUCGACGGCCGAGACAUACCGACCGAGGAGACGAUUGGCGCGAUCCAGCGAAACAUUGAGCAGGAGCGCAAGAGUGCGCGCGCGACGUACGUCGACUGUUUCAAGGCGGCCAACCGCCGGCGCACCUUCAUUGUCAUGUUUGCCGGCCUGCUGCCGCAGAUGUUUGGCUUGACGCUGCUGUCCAAGGCGAGCUACUUUGCGCAGGUCAUCGGCAUGGAGUCGACUUUGAGUGUCUUGGUCCUCAUCCUGGGGAUCGUUUGCGGCCUGCUUGCCAACGUGUGCAGCAUGUACGUGCUGUCGAAGGUUGGGCGCAGGAAAUUGAUCAUCUACAGCCUGGGAGUUCUGACGAUCCUCUGGGGAGCCAUGGGCAUCGCCGGCAUAUGGCCUGGCAAGAUCUCUCUUUGGUACUCGGCCGUGACCAUGAUCCUCGUCACCAUGGUCGCCGGACUCAGCGUCUGGCCCGCCUCAUACGCCGUCGGCGCGGAGGCCUCGUCGCUGCACCUGCGAGCCAAGGCCCAGGGUGUGGGCUGGCUGACGGCAGGUGUGGCUGCCUCGCUUUUUGGCUUUGUGCUGCCCUACAUCUACAACCCGGACCAAGGCGACUUGAAGGCAAAGACUGCAUUUGUCCUCGCGGGGCUGUGCGCCAUCAGCUUCGUCAUGUCGUUUUGGUUGAUCCCAGAGAUGAAGGGGCGCACGCCCUCCGAGAUUGACCGCAUGUUUGACCAGAGACUGCCGGCGGGCAAAUUCAGCUCAUGGAGGGGCGAGGACGAUGCGGUGACCAAGGUGGACAGCCAAACGGUCUAG